ACUUCCUCCACCACCGAUCCAUGUUGCCGUCCUCAUGUCUUCGUGUUGUGUCCCCCUCAGCCCCGCAGGGGAUCUGUCUGCCGACGAGGACGAUGAGGAACUGAUGAGGACCGGUCUGAAGACCUUGUCCGGUCAGGGAGAGCUGCUGACUGCAGAUGAUGAGACGCGUCCUCUCUCAGCAGCCAGCGUUGGCAGCGUGGUGAUCCAGGACCGUCUGUACGAACUCGUCAAGCAGUUUAAAGGUCGGACAGAUCGGCAGAAAGAUCGGAUGGCGGACCCAGACCUGUCUGAGGAAGAAAGUCCCUCAGCCUCCCCAAGCAAAGCUCCACCUCCCCCACCUCCUCCUCCACCUCCACCAGGAGAAGAGAAGAAGGACGAAGCGCCCGCAGCAGCAGAAGAGGAAGAAGAAGAGGAGGAGAAGGAUUUUGAGCUCCCCUUUAAAAUUUUGGGACAACCAGUGAAAAUCCCCAGACUGCCCAAACUGCCCAAACUUCCCCCGCUGCCCGACUGGCUCCGAGCCAUCUUGGAGUACCGCUUCCCCUCCAGCAUCGACCCCUUCACCGAUCUGAUCUACGUGCUCUGGCUGUUCGUUGUGGUGGCGGCGUGGAACUGGAACGUGUGGUUGAUACCCGUCCGCUGGGCGUUCCCUUACCAAACCCCCGAAAACAUCCACCUAUGGCUGAUGGUGGACUACACCUGCGACCUCAUCUACAUCACCGACAUCCUCGUCUUCCAGCCCAGACUGCAAUUCGUCCGCGGAGGAGACAUCGUGUGUGACAAAAAGGACAUGAGAGACAACUACAUGACCACGGAGAGAUUUAAGUGGGACAUCAUCAGCCUGUUUCCCAUGGAGAUAUUUUACUAUUUCACUGGCGUGAACUCCCUGCUGAGAUUCCCUCGCCUGCUGAAGUACAUGGCUUUCUUUGAGUUCAAUGACAGAAUGGAAGCUGUGAUGAAGAAAGCCUACAUCUACAGGGUGAUCCGAACCUCCACUUACCUGCUGUACUCUCUGCACAUCAACGCCUGUCUCUUCUACUGGGGCUCAGACUAUGAAGGACUGGGAUCCACCAAGUGGGUCUACAAUGGAAAAGGCAACGCUUAUAUCCGCUGUUACUAUUUUGCUGUGAAGACGUUGAUCACCAUCGGAGGACUGCCAGACCCCACCACCGUCUUUGAGAUCUGCUUCCAGCUCAUCAACUACUUCGUUGGCGUCUUUGCUUUCUCCAUCAUGAUCGGUCAGAUGAGAGAUGUGGUCGGAGCUGCAACAGCUGGUGAGAACUACUACCGGGCCUGCAUGGACAGCACCGUCAAGUACAUGAACUCCUACCACAUCCCCCGAGAUGUCCAGAACCGCAUCAAGACCUGGUACGACUACACCUGGAAGAUCCAGGGCAUGCUGGAUGAACAGGAGCUGCUGGUGCAACUUCCUGCUAAGAUGAGGCUGGACAUCGCUGUGGACGUCAACUACGCCAUCGUCAGUAAAGUCGCCCUUUUUCAGGGCUGCGACAGACAAAUGGUGUUCGACAUGCUGACGAGGCUCAAAUCUGUCGUCUACCUGCCCGGAGACUUUGUCUGUAAAAAGGGGGAGAUCGGCAGGGAGAUGUACAUCAUCAAACAGGGGGAGGUUCAGGUGGUGGGCGGUCCUGACCUGCAGACGGUGUUCGUCACCAUCAGAGCCGGCUCGGUGUUCGGAGAGAUCAG